AUGCAUGAUGAAGAAGGAACAACGGCAUACAUAGACUUUUCAACAAAGGUGCAGGACAUUGACACGGACAUCAAGGUUCUCGAAAUCAGCACGCAUGUAUUCAUAUAUAUAAGCCAAGGAGAGGAAAGAAUACACUUGUAUGACGAAGCACUUAAGAAUGAGAUUGCAAGGAGCAAGAUCAGGCCAAAUAAGAAGCUGGUUGUGUUUUGUAGUGUGAGGACACACGAAGCAUUCGAUGAUAUCAAAAAGACAGUCCUGGAUAUUUUAACGAAGUAA